AUGUCAGGUGUUGACCCAGCACUCCCGGAGGACCCAACACUCCCGGAGGCCCCUAUCAGGAGAAGACGACGGCAGAAGCAACAGCGAAAAUGUGAAGAAUGCGGCCAAGUCUUCUCCAAGGCGGAACAUUUAGCGCGCCACAUACGGUCGCAUACAAAGGAGAGGCCGUUCCAAUGUUCGCUGUGUGGAAAAGCCUACAGUCGCCACGAUUCGUUACUACGACACUCAAGGUCGCACACAGACGGAGCUGAGAGCCAGCAUGCAGAUGGCUCGCACCUAACCAUAGGGCCAUCUCCAUCUGUAUCAAGAACUGAAGACAGUCCUCUGCCAGAACUGCAGGGUAAGAGGGUCAGCCAAAUGGAUGCCUCCGAGGUUGGGGUAGAUGGCUCUGCCAACUGGCAGCCACCGGAGAGUAUCGGCACAUUUCACACCCCUCAGCACGAAGUCGAUCAACUGCUCGGAGGCGCUUUUGAGAGUCCUGGUGCUCCAGUGCGGCUGCAAUCUGCGCAAUGGCCUCAAUAUGCUGCAAAUAAUUCUGAAAUGUUGUCUCAUAACACGUUGCCGGAUUUCUCUGCCAAUUUUCAGAAUAUGUAUACCGACUGCGGCUAUCUUGGCGUUGGUCAAACUUUCCAGGAACCGCCUUGGCUGCUCGGAAGUGAUUUCAAUUUUCACAGUCUGAAUCUUCCGAUGAGUCUCUCAGAAUGGGGCCGCAGCAAUUCUGUAGGCUCGUUUGAUCAUUCCCAUAUCCUCAACGAUGCAAAUGUCAUGAGCGACACACCUGACGCUCAGUCAGCAUCGAGAUUGAGCUCUGCUGUUCACCAUCGAUGGUUUACUCGUAUUCCUCGAGAUGACGUGGGUCAAAGACCUGCUGAGUUGUCAUAUCAUCGUGGCAAGGUAGACGAGGCGUAUAGAGAAGGACUGUCCCACCGACUACAGCCUCGUAUAAGCAACGCGGCCCUACCAUCAGCGGACUUUUUGAAUCUGUGCAUUAAACUUUACUUCGCCAAAUACAGACCUGUGUUUCCCCUUAUUCACGAAGCCACAUUCAGUCCAUCAACUGAAAACGGAUUGUUGCUUCUAUCAGUAUGCUCAAUGGGUGCUCUUCUUGUAGGUUCAGCAAGUGCCACAGCCCAAGGGCGCAAAAUAUUUCAGACUUUGAAUAAAGCCUGUCUAGCAUCUUGGGAGAACUAUCUGAGUCGGGAUCCACGAGAGAUGCUGGCGCUGGCCCAGACUGCUCUCCUUGGACAGAGCUUUGGUAUGAUGUCAGGCCACUCACAGGAUUUAUGUAUGACUGAAAGUUUUCAUGGCACUGCAAUUGCUUGGGCAAGGCAGUCUGGUUCCUUCAACGUCCACGCAUCGACACCAGAGCUCGUAGAAAAUGAUGAAAACUUGGAGGUCACGUGGAAAGCAUGGGCACGUCACGAAGAAGCUGUACGGUUAGUACUCGGAUUGUAUGUCCACGAUUCGGAAUUCUCAACAACAUUCCACCACGAACCACUACUACGACAUACCGCCAGAAGGCUUCCAGUGAGCUGCACCGAAGAUCUCUUUUCCGCCCCAUCUGCUUCUGAAUGGUAUGAUGUUCUCAAGAAAACUCGAUUGCCUGCGGGCCCUGGCCAGCUCGGAGGCAGUACCACCCUACAUCGAUCUAACACUUGGUCACAUACAUAUUCAAAUGCACUUCUAGCUGGAACGUUGGCGUGCAUUCAGGAAACGAGGUUGUCCAACCUUUCGAGUACAUCGAUACACGAUUAUCGACGCUCCUUACUGCAAUGGCACAAAGAUCAUUCACGUCAUAUUCAAGAUCAGAUGCACAACUAUCACAGCUUGAUGGGGCUCUGGCAUACAGCUUUUCUUAUGCUCUAUGCCGAUUUCGACCUCCUGGAGCGCUCAAUCGGACGCGAUGGAGAUCAUGCUAAAGACCAAACCUUGGAUGCAGUUACAGCAUGGGCCAAUAGCUUCCAUGGCAUGCUAGGUAUUCUACAUGCGCUUUUUGUCAGAAGACAUUUAGAAGCCUUGGCGUAUGGGAUCGAGCCCACAAUUCAUAUCCCCAAGUCCCUGUUCUAUUCGGGAAUAAUUACAUACUGCUAUUUAAAAUUCAGGUACACAGGCAAUGGAGGAGCGUCCUUACUAGACGACAGCAGCGUUGAGGUUUUCAGGACAUCAUUGCCAGGCGAACAACUAAUUCACGUGAAGGGCAGAAUUUUACCAGCUAUGCUUUCAGCUAUAGACAGCAGCCUCCUCUGCAGCUGUAUUGACCUGCUGCGGAGAAUAGGUCAUUGGGGCAUAUCACAGAAAUAUGCUUCAAUACUAGAAAUCCUGUUGGAGGAUAUCGUGCAGUCAACACAUUAA